CCUCCUCCUCCACCUCCUCCACCUCCUCCACUACCUCCUUCUCUCCUCUUCCUCCUCCUGCUCCUCUACCUCUUCCUCCGUUUAUUCUCGACGCGGUUGCGGCGACUACGUCUACGUUGACGGCCGAAGCUUCCGUGGCUUCGCUGACGGCGAUGAUGGCGGUGUCUUCGUCCUGCUUUUCACUUGGACGACGGGCCCACUUACGAACGUUUUUAACGUUCUGCCGCACCGUUAAAACGUCAAACUUUAUCACGAAAACAUGAUAUCUCUCGGGGCGAGCACGAUGGAAGGGACGGGUGAGAGAGAGGAACCGAGACCACCACCGCUCUCUUCUUUGCCAGCGACACACUCGAUGACGUCAUCGCAAGCGGCCCAAGAUGAAACUCGAUAGAAAGAAAAGAAGAUAGAAAAAGAGCUCAGAACGGCACGAAAUUCGGAUCGAAACUGAACAGUUUUCUACGCGCUUUUAAUUCUCAAUGAUUCCUUAACGUGACUGUUAAAAGUAAAAGUUCGACAUUCUUCUACGAAAGUAUAUCAAUCUUUUAGAUAUUGAAAGAUGUCAUCUGUUCCUUAUGUGUCCAGAGUAAAUCAGCUAGAUGCCAUGUCACUAGAUGAUGAGAUUAAUAAAGUUUUUGAAAAUCAGAUAAAAGAAAUCUUUAAAUUCUGUCCACCUGGUAAAAUGGAUAAGUGGCAACCGGAGAUCAAAGUUAUUCUUAAAAUUCUCAUUUGGAAUUUUUCCUUGAGAUACAAGAAUCAUACAUUUGGACAACAGAUGCUUGAUCUUCGUUAUGACAAUUUAAAUAAGUUCAAAUCUAUUUUGUACUUAGCUUUUAAACUCCUGCCAAAUUAUAUUAAAGAUAGAUUAAUUGAUAAUGGUAUGAUAUCAAAUCACAAAAGAAUGCACAAGUUGAAAAUAUAUGUACAGUGGAUAAUCAGUUUGGUACACUUGCUGGAAUUGAUAAAUUUAAUAAGUUUUUUACAUCGUGGAACUCAACCUCUUUUGAUCGAAAGACUAUUAAACAUUUCAAGUGUUUCUGUAAAUCGACAUAAGCCAAGAACCAUUGGAUAUUCUUAUAUGACAAGAGAACUUCUUUGGCACGGUUUAAUGGAAUUAUUUACAUUGGGAAUACCUAUGUUAAACUAUCAUUAUUUAAAACAAAAGAUAAGACGAUUUUGGUAUCAUAGUAAGAAAGAUGGAAUUAAAAAAACAUUUCCAAUUAUGAAUGAAUCUACUGUCUGUGCUUACUGCAAGGAGAAACCUAUUUUACCAACGCAUGCUGGUUGUGAACACGUUUUCUGUUAUUACUGCUUGGGCGCAAAUUUUACUGCAAUGAAGAUAUUUCUUUGUCCAGAAUGCGAUACCGAAUUACACGACUGUGAUAUGAAAAAUUAUAUUGCCGUUUCUAAUCCACCAUUUGAGGAUGACAAUUUGCAGUGAUUUUUCCAAAAAUUGGUGUACGAUACUAUGUAUAUGAAUUUUUGUAUAUAUUAAAGAUGUUCAUUAACUUUCGCUCGUAGCAUAUGUGACUUGGGAGACAUCUAUGAAUAAAAUAUGAACUACAAAGAUAAUAAGGAAAUACUGUCCUCAUUAUUCGACUAUUGAAUGGAUGUAUAAGCUUGUUUAAGUUAUAUCCUUUUGACAUAAUUAAAAUUGUAUAUAAUAAUAAUAAUUGAGUUUGGGUGACAGAAA